AUGGGAUCCAUGCUCGAUCUGGUCGUCCCUCCUUUGGAUCACUUGACAGCACAGCUCUUUGAGGAUUCAUUCCUCGAUGAAUAUGAACUCAACACAAGAGAGGAGGCUAUCCGAUCCGCAAAGAAUGAACAUGGCCUUGCAAAGGCUCGUGUCGAUAUAUCCAGCGCCGACCCCGUGACGUCCGACGACACGUCCACGACACGCCCAAAUACUGACUGCACGGCGCCAAACACGCCAGAUGCACGCAGAGGGUACAAUGGCCUUGGAUAA